UCCGCCUUGGCUGAGCCAAACGCGGCGCACACAGUCCGAGAGGGGCGGGGAGUAAAAAACAGAGACGCAGUGGUGGUGGAGCUGGGACGCAGUGAGAACGGAUUCGAGCAAAUUAUACGCCAACCUCCACUGUUAUCCUCCCCCUUAGAGAGGCGACCUGUGCGCUGCGCCUUCCCAGCAUGGACACUGCGCUAAAGGAGAUGCUCUAUGAUAUGACGCUCACAGGGGAAAUCAGGGGAGACAGAGCGCGCGGGUGCGCGCGCGAGUAAGAAAGUGGGCUGCACUCAUCUUUCUUUCUUUUUUUUUUUGCGGGUGAUUUCAAAUCUGAGCUGCGCGGCGUGAAGAUGAAGAAGUUCAACAUCAGGAAGGUGCUGGACGGUUUGAAAGAGGCGUCCUCCUCCUCCUCCUCUUCCUCCUCCACGCCGUCUGUCCAAGUAGGGCCCCAGGAGAACAACCUGAUCCAGGAGACUCUUCAAUCCGAGCAUUUCCAGCUCUGCAAGACUGUUCGUCAUGGCUUCCCCUAUCAGCCGUCAUCCAUGGCUUUCGAUCCCGUGCAAAAGAUCCUGGCCAUCGGUACCCAGAGUGGAGCUCUCAGAUUAUUUGGUCGCCCUGGUGUUGAGUGCUACUGUCAGCAUGAAGGUGGAGCAGCUGUUAUCCAACUGCAGUUUCUCAUUAAUGAGGGAGCAUUGGUGAGCGCUUUGGCAGAUGACAGCAUCCACUUGUGGAACCUGAGGCAGAAGAGACCAGCUGUCCUCCAUUCCCUCAAGUUCAACAGAGAGAGAAUAACUUUCUGCCACCUGCCGUUCCAGAGUAAAUGGCUGUACAUUGGUACAGAACGAGGGAACAUCCACAUUGUCAACGUGGAGUCCUUCAUGCUCUCAGGCUACGUCAUCAUGUGGAACAAAGCCAUUGAACUUUCCUCCAAGUCCCACCCCGGGCCAGUUGUCCACAUAAGUGAUAACCCUAUGGAUGAGGGAAAGCUUAUAAUUGGAUAUGAGUCUGGAAUCGUGGUCCUGUGGGAUUUGAAAUCCAAGAAGGCAGACUACCGCUACACUUAUGACGAGGCUAUCCAUUCAGUUGCAUGGCAUCAUGAGGGCAAGCAGUUUAUUUGCAGUCACUCAGAUGGAACUCUGACCAUAUGGAACAUCAGAGGCCAAGGAAAACCCAUACAGACAAUCACACCACAUGGAAAACAGCCCAAGGAUGGAAAGAAGCCAGAGCCGUGUAAACCCAUUCUUAAAGUGGAAUAUAAAACAACAAGAAACGGGGACCCUUUUAUCAUAUUCUCUGGAGGUCUGUCCUAUGACACGGUAGGACGGAGGCCAUGUCUGACAGUUAUGCAUGGAAAAAGUAUUGCUGUGCUGGAGAUGGAUUAUCCCAUAGUAGACUUUCUAACACUAUGUGAGACACCAUAUCCUAAUGAUUUUCAGGAGCCUUAUGCUGUGGUGGUCCUUUUAGAAAAAGAUUUAGUGGUGAUUGACCUUGCACAAAAUGGUUACCCCAUAUUUGAGAACCCAUAUCCUCUAACAAUCCAUGAGUCUCCUGUAACCUGCUGUGAGUACUUUGCCGACUGCCCUGUGGACCUCAUUCCUGCACUUUACUCUGUUGGCUCGCGGCAAAAACGACAGGGCUACAGCAAAAAGGAGUGGCCCAUAAGUGGUGGAAACUGGGGACAGGGCACACAAAGCUUCUCUGAGAUCAUCAUCACCGGGCAUGCUGACGGAACGGUGAAGUUCUGGGAUGCCUCUGCAAUAAUGCUCCAGGUCCUCUAUAAGCUAAAAACAGCCAAGAUUUUUGACAGGAACCGAUCCAAGGAAGACAAGGGUAGCAGUGAGGUUUCAGACGAAGAUCCUUUUGCCAUUCAGAUUAUGGCCUGGUGCCCCGAGAGCAGGAUGCUUUGUGUGGCUGGGGUGUCAGCCAAUGUUAUCAUCUACCGCUUCAGCAAGCUGGAAGUAACCACUGAGGUGGUUCAGUUACUAGAGGUGCGAAUGCAGUACGAGCUGAACGAAAUGGAGUCUCCAGAUGGUGGAGGUGGUGAGCAAACAUCGGCACAUCCCACCCCUGGUGCCUCCCCUCAGACGAGCGGCCCACCUUCCCAUCCUUCCACCAGCAGCAACAACUCUGACGGAGGCAACAUACCCUGCCUUAAAGUGCGAAGUAGUCCUCUGAAGCAGUCUCCAGGCUACCAGGUGGAUUUGGUGGUCCAGUCUGUGUGGGUGAGUGGAGAGCCUCCUCAGCAGAUCACAAGUCUGGUGCUGAAUUCAUCCUAUGGCCUAGUGGUGUUUGGCAAUAGCAAUGGCCUAGCAGUGGUGGACUACAUCCAGAAAACUGUGGUCCUCAACCUGGGAACGGUGGAGCUUUACGGAUCCAAUGAUCCCUACCAGAGACAGCCUCGGUCGCCAAGAAAAACACGGCAGCCUUCUGGAGGUUUGUGUGACAUUAACGAGUACUCGGCCACAUCUGAGGACCGCUGCAAGUCUCCAACUUCAGUGUUGAUGUCACACAGCAAUCUUCAACAGUUCUACAAUGGAGGUGGUAGAGGAGCAAAGAUGUCACGGAAAUUAAGCUUGCCUACUGAGCUAAAGCCAGACUUGGUCCUUCUUUCUGUGUGCCCGCCGCGGGGUGCCAACCCGUUAGACCACCGGGACAACUCCUUCAGCCGCUCACGCUCCUCCAGCGUCACCAGCAUCGACAAAGAAGCCCGGGAAGCUAUAAGUUCCUUUCUAUUCUGCGAGACUUUUGCCCGUAAGGGGGACUGCACUUUGACACCUUGCCUCUAUGUGGGCACUUCACUUGGGACUGUGUUGGUUCUGGCUAUCACUUUGCCAUCUGCUGGGGAGCAGCGGCAACUCCAACCAGUUAUAAUUUCCCCUACGGGUAUGUUGGUGCGGCUUAAGGGAAGCAUCAUGCGGAUCUCUUUUCUGGACUCCACUGGUUUAUUGCUUGCUCCUGCAUUUGAACCCUGGUAUGAGCCCAACAUCACAGCAGAUGGUGAAGAAAGAGAGAAGAUCCGAAAGCGGCGGCCUGUCUCUGUUUCACCUUCCACCUCGCAGGAGCUAAAUGAGAGCCAGUUUGCUGUGGUGUGCUCCGAGAAGCAGGCCAAAGUCAUGUCCCUUCCUUCCCAGACUUGCAUCUACAAACACAGUAUCACAGAAAAUUCUUUUAUCUUACGGGCAGACAUUGUGCAGAUGAACCAGGGAGUGUGCUUGGCUUGUUUUUGUGCCAAUGGUCACAUAAUGACACUCAGUGUGCCAGGACUGAGACCGCUCAUGGAUGUAAACUACCUACCUUUGACAGACAUGCGGAUAGCUAGGACGUUCUGCUUCACAAACCUGGGCCAAGCCAUGUACCUCUGCUCACCCACUGAGAUUCAGAGGAUAACUUACAGUCAAGAAACUUGUGAAAAUCUACAGGAGAUGUUGGGUGAACUUUUUACACCAGUGGAAACACCAGAGGCACCAAAUAGAGGUUUUUUUAAAGGCCUCUUUGGAGGAGGAGCACAGUCACUGGAUAGGGAAGAACUAUUUGGCGAGGUGGCAGCUGGGAAGGCAUCUCGAAGUCUGGCUCAGCACAUCCCCGGCCCAGGUGGCAUUGAGGGGAUGAAGGGGGCUGCCUCGGGUGUGGUUGGAGACCUAGCACGUGCCCGGAUAGCACUGGAUGAGAGAGGCCAGAAACUGGGUGAACUGGAUGAGAGGACAGCUGCCAUGAUGGCCAGCGCAGAUUCUUUUUCCAAACAUGCCCAUGAUAUGAUGCUGAAAUGCAAAGACAAAAAAUGGUACCAAUUCUGAUGAGCCACUGGGAAGGAGCGAAGCUCUGUGGUCACAAGUAUCUCACUGACCUUCCAUCAGCUCCUCUGGACUCACAGACUCCUCCCUCUCCACCAUCUGUCUGUCAGCUGUCCCUCUGAGCCUUCCUCAUUAAAAACAUCCGGGAGUUAGUCCCUAGCACAAUAGCGGAUCCUGUUCUUACCUCAGUGUGAAGCUGGAACUGAGGUGGAGACAGACAACCUCAGAGGAAAGUAAUAAGUAAAUGGUGACUUUUUUUGUUUGUGUUUUUGUUUAUGUAGAGCCUCCCUUGCAAGGUCUCGGAUUGAUCCAUGUACCUGAGGAGUCCUCUUUCUCAUUUGCCAAAACGUCCUUUUAUUGUUGUCUCCUCUGUAUACCUUCUUGGGCAAUAUUCAAACCAACAAAUUUGGCUGAAACAAGACUUUAUGUAUAAUCAAGUAAUGACGAGUUCAUGUAAGAAAAAAAGACAAAUCUAAAUAAACUGAUAUAUCUGUACAUAGAUCUAAUAAAUGUGCAAUGCUGUAUCCACUUGUAGACUUUUGUACCUUUGUGACAAAGAGGAAAGAAGGAGAUUUCUCAUUGCAGAGAUGGAAGAGAGACGAGCAGAGUCUAAGACAAUGUGUGCAGUGUCACAAAGAUUAAGGCUACUUUCUGAUGUAUGCUGUGUAUUUCAUCAUCUUACUCAAUCUCAAACUCUCCUCUGUAUCUUAGACUUUAAAACUGUUACAGAGUGCUUGUGUAUGAGAGACGGAGUGUAUGUCAUUCCUCUGUUAAAUAUUUGUUGGGGUUUCCUGCUCAAUAUUAUUCAAAUAUUUAUUUUUCUAAUGGUGCGAAAAUGGUGACUGACAUAAAUCACUUUGUUUUUAUGAAAAGGGCUGGGAUCUGUUAGAAGAGCAAGGGUAUACAUUAUUUUCCCCAUUUUUAUAUUGAUUUGGAUCUUAACAUUCAACCUGCUAUUGUGUUUGGUCAGUUGUUUCUUUGUUGUAACAAUGAUUCCCUUAAAACAAACCUUAGACUGUUUUUUUUGUUUGUUUGUUUGUUUUUUUUAGCAGCAGCAAAGUUUCCCAUAUUUUAGAAAAAUGCUUCUGUGGAUGAAAUGGCACAGCUGAAGAUUUAGGAUGAACACACAAAAACAAUGGAUUUUCUUUGCCAAAUUGAAAAGGCUUAUUUUUUUCAUUGGGUCUUCGGAGUCAUUGUUUGGAUUAAAUAAAUAAAAUAUGAACAAACAAAGUAUAAUAUAAAAGGUAUUAAUUUCACAAACAAUGGUCUCAGUUGUGCAUAAGGAAAUUGUAUUCAGCCAAAACAGCCUGGUACCUGUUUUUAUAUUGGCUUGUUCAUAUACU